UUUCCGGACCGGGUUUAAAGAAAAGGAGGAGGGAGGAGAGAGGAUCGGGGGACGGACGGGCGGGCGGGCGGCACCAUGUCUCUAGAUUGUGUCCGAGAUUACUGCAUUCAGGCUUUGUGCUCCCGUUGUGGCUCGCUGAGCUACAGCACUUUGCGCAGGGAGGUCUCCAGGUAUUUCAAGGUGUCGGACGAAGAGCUGUCCAAGUUACUGGCCGACGGGCAGUUGUUCACCAAAGUGCCGGCCGAGGUCUCAGGUCUCCCGGGCCCACAGCUCAGCGGAGACUCUUUGAUCGUCGCCACCACUCCUGCCAGGCUGUGCAGUGACUUUCUGAAAAGAAAGUGCAGCGAUGGUGACUGCAGACAACUCCAUCUGUGCAAGUUCUUCCUCUUCGACAACUGCAGGUUCGCCAAAGGAAGAAAUAGCUGCAAUUUCCCACAUGACAUCCAUUCUCGCCACAACUCCGCUGUACUGCGCGCUCACAAACUUCACUAUCUGAAAGAGGUGGAAUUGCGCCAGAUUCUGCUACAGAAUGAUUCAUCCCUGUUGCCUGAGAUUUGUGUGUUCUACAACAAGGGCCUCGGGCAGUAUGGCAGCUGCACUUUCAAGCAUUCCUGCACCAAGCUUCAUGUCUGCCUUCACUUUGUCCAGGGGACCUGCAAGUUUGGGUCAAACUGUAAACAUUCCCACAAUUUCAAAAACAGCAAUAACUCCUCUGUCUUGGAAAAUCUGAGUUUAGACCUGAUCAUGCGCCUGCCUCAAAUAUACCAGAAUAUGUACAACAUCAGAACUUACAGUGUCUACAAAGAUGAUGCAAGUGAAAAUAACCAUCGCUCCGGCACUGCCGCUGUGAAAGAGAAGAGACCUCAGUCCCGACUAUCUUCCAGCAGUUCCUGUGGGGACAUGGACAACGAAGAAAUUUGUCUGUACUUCAUCUGGAGCAACUGCAGCUUUAAAGGAGAGCCCAACUUUAAAUACAUGGAUGGAAAUUACAAUGAACAUUUACAAAUGGAGAAGAUAACAGCAUCUGUUAAUCACAGGUGUAUCAGGGUUCACUUCAAGCUGCCUUAUCGAUGGCAGGUUUAUGAAAAAGCGUGGAAAGAUCUUCCAAAUAUGGAGAAGAUUGAAAAAGACUACUGUGAUCCCAAUAAAGCCAGAUCUGAAAAUAUUGAUUUUAAUUCCAUGCUAUGUGGUUCGAACCAAGUUCGGCGCCUCUCCACGGCCUCCUCAGUUACAAAGCCCCCCAACUAUAUCCUCACCACAGAAUGGUUAUGGUAUUGGAAGGAUGAGAACAGAGAGUGGAUUGAAUACGGAAAACAAGAAAAGCAGCACUCGGCUGCCAACAUCACGCCCGUUGAGCUGGAGAAGGCAUUUUUAGCUGACAGCAACGGGAAAGUGGAAUUCACUGUGGGGAUACACCAGUAUGUGCUGAACUUUAAAGAAAUGCAGCAAACAAAUUCACGCAUUGGCACUCGCAGGGAAGUCAAGAGGAGGCCCAAAUUCAUCUCUGAACAGGACAUGAAGAGCCAGAUACAAAACCAGAGAAAGACUGGACAGGAAAUUCUGGGCAUUUCUCAAGGAAAAUCCCUUCCAGCUCACUGGGAUAAAUCAGCACGGACAGAUAUCGGCUAUAAGCUGAUUCAGGUGGCUGAGUCUUCAGAUGAAUUUAAACAAGUGCAGUCCCUCUUUCAGCGGACCAUGAAGAAAAGUGUGAUACAGAAAAUUGAACGAAUUCAAAACAUCUCCCUCUGGGAAGUCUAUCAAUGGCAGAAGGAACAGAUGAAGAAGAACAGUAAUGGCAAGGAUGUGGUUGAGAAGCAGCUUUUCCAUGGCACGGACUCCUCAAUCAUUGACGCAAUCUGCCAGCAGAACUUUGACUGGAGGAUCUGUGGAACUCAUGGAACGACUUACGGAAAAGGAAGUUACUUUGCCAGAGAUUCAUCCUAUUCCCAUAAUUACUGCCAAGCAGGGAAAAGCACCUUAACCAUGUUUGUUGCUCGUGUGUUGGUGGGAGAGUAUGUGAGAGGAUCCUCAUCUUACCUCCGGCCACCCUUGAAAGAUGGCACCAAAAAAUGCUUUUAUGAUAGUUGUGUUGACAGUGUCUCCAAUCCUUCUAUAUUUGUCAUAUUUGAGAAACAUCAGAUAUAUCCUGAGUACCUUAUAGAAUAUAAAUGUUAAGCAAAGAACAAGCACAACAUGGCUUAUUUUCCAUCAGCACGAACUCAUUGGGUCUUAGCGAAGUGCAAAGCAUACAUAGAAACAUAGAAAACCAGCGCAAUACAGGCCCUUCGGCCCACAAAGUUGUGCCGAAUAUGUCCCUACCUUAGAAAUUACUAGGCUUACCCAUAGCCCUCUAUUUUACUAAGCUCCAUGUACCUAUCCAAAAGUCUCUUAAAAGAUCCUAUCGUAUCCGCCUCCACCACCGUUGCUGGCAGCCCAUUCCAUGCACUCACCACUCUCUGAGUAAAAAACUUACCCCUGACACCUCCUCUGUACCUACUCCCCAGCACCCUAAACCUGUGCCCUCUUGUGGCAGCCAUUUCAGCCCUGGGGAAAAGCCUCUGACUGUCCACAUCAUCAAUGCCUCUCAUCAUCUUGUACACCUCGAUCAGGUUACCUCUCAUCCUCCAAAAGGCCAAGUUCACUCAACCUAUUCUUAUAAGGCAAGCUCCCCAAUUCAGGCACCAUCCUUGUAAAUCUCCUCUGCACCUUUUCUAUGGCUUCCACAUCCUUCCUGUAGUGAGGCGACCAGAACUGAGCACAGUACUCCAAGUGGGGUCUGGCCAGGGUCCUAUAUAGCUGCAACAUUAUCUUUCAGCUCCUAAAUUUAAUUCCAUGAUUGAUGAAAUCCAAAACAGCAUAUGCCUUCUUAACCACAGAGUCAACCUGCGCAGCUGCUUUGAGCGUCCUAUGGACUUGGACCCCAAGAUCCCUCUGAUCCUCUACACUGCCAGGAGUCUUACCAUUAACGCUAUAUUCUGCCAUCAUAUUUGAUGUGUUGCCUUCUUUGAUUAUUUUUACCCAAUUUUAGAAUAGCAAUUCUGCUUUUUCAGGUUUUUUCCCUAAUUUCUGGUUAUUUUUAGUAAUUGUAGUUCAGGAAGGAUGUAUCAGCAACCCGCACUCUUUGAAUUAUUGUUAAGCAAACUAUUAUUGAGAGUGGGUGCGAUAUUUUUCGGUAUUCUCUUGAGGUAUAAACAAUUAAAUUACACCAUUUGUCUAAAUUGUUGGAUUCUAAUGUUUUUGAUCAAAGGUUCAUAAAGAAGUCAAGAAUGGA